AUGUGCACCACCAUCGCCGGGAGUUUGAGGAAGAGGAGAAGGGAGACCAUUUUCACGUUCAAUAGUUUCUGCGAUGCGGGGAUCCCGGCUGAGUUCCGAGGACCAUUUUAUGACAACAUCCAUGCGCUGCUAGAGUUUGGCCACCAAGAGAAUGAUGGAACGGAAGGGAUGCGGGCGUGGUCUUUCCGAUUCGAAGUUAGCCAUGGUUCUCCAUUACAUGUGUCUCUCUUCGUUGUUGAAGAACGACCAGCACUAGCAGAGGGAAGAGCUCAACCUUAUUGCUAUCAAUGCAAACACAUAGGAUGGGGCCAUCACUUGGUGUGCAGCAAGAAAUUCCACUUUGUGUUGCCUUCAAAGCAAACGGCACCGGAGAUGGAAAAGCUUGUCCAGUCCGAUGAGGAUUCUUUGGCUCAUUCAGCAACCAGUUCUCGCGAACGUCCAAGGUCAGGUGUGGGCUGCAGGACGACCAGGCCGCCGGCGGAUAUCUUGGACCUGCAUGGCCAUAUCCUGCAUGGAGUGAUUCACUACAACGGGUUUGGUCAUCUGCUAUGCGUGAACGGCAUAGAAGGUGGGUCUGAUUUGGUUUGUGGCAGCCAGGUCAUGGACUUCUGGCAUCGAAUCUGCACCAGCUUAAAAGUAAGACAGAUUAGCAUAAAUGAUACGUCAAAGAAGAAAUCAAUGGACUUGAGGGUGUUACAUGGAGUUGCCUACGGUCAGCCAUGGUUUGGAAGAUGGGGAUACAAUUUUGGACGGGGAAGUUUUGGUGUCAAUCACGAGAUGUACCAGAAGUCGAUGGAAACAGUUCGAAGCUUUCGUUUAUCUUCAGUUACAAACUCCCUUGCGGUUUCCAAUUAUGAUAUCCUGACCAUUGUCUCCAAAUACCAGAAGCUAUCCGGCGAUUCCUUACAAACACUAGGCCAUCUGUUUCAUUAUGUCAUGGAACUGAAAUCUUGCUUAGUACAUGAUCCGGUUCAAAUCGAACAUGCUGUUCUACCAAUGAACCAGUGCCGGUGGUCGUCCAAACGAGUUGAGAUGGCAACUUUAGUGAUCAUAGAAUCACUAAAGAACAAUGGAAGCAAGUGGGUCUCAAGGCAGCAAGUGAGAGAUUCAGCCAGAGCUUACAUUGGUGACACUGGCCUACUUGAUUUUGUGUUGAAGUCUCUAGGAAACCAAGUAAUUGGAAAUUAUGUCGUUCGCCGGGCAGUGAAUCCGGUGACCAGAGUGCUUGAAUACUGCUUGGAAGAAGCAAACAACUGUUUUAACAAUUCUGACAGCAUUUCUCCUAAUGCCAAGAAGGUCUCCUCCAAGUCUCAACUUGGGCUCACUCAUUUACAGCUUGUGAGAGAUCUGCUCUACCUGUACAGCACAAUCUUGAGACAAUGCAGGCCUGUCUGUGGGCUUACAAGAGCCAUACUUGAUGCCAAACACUUAAUUAAGGAUUACAGUGAAGAAUCAUUACGUGCUGAAUGUAAGAAUCGAGAUAAACUCACAUUUCUUUGUGCGCUUUCUGUUAGUAGGGAUGAGGAGCAAGUAGAGGAUGAGAGGAGCAGGGAACUGCUACCACUUGAGGUGAUUACUCUUCCUCACCGGGCUACUGUUGGUGACUUGAAGAGAGAAGUUGAGAGACACUUCAGAGAGAUAUACUUUAGUUUAAGAAGCUUCAAAGCCGAAUCUCUAAUGGAUUUUAAUGCGGAGGACAGUGAUUUGCUUUGCCAGAUAGUUAACUCGGGCAGCAAACUUAUGAUUAAUGGGAGGAUUGAGGAGAAGGCUCUGAUAUAUGAAAGUGGCAGUGAUGAGCGCGUACUGUACUGCUCCUGUGGUGCAAAGGAAGAUGAUGGGGAGCGCAUGGUGUGUUGUGAUGUCUGUGAGGUUUGGCAGCACACGCGUUGUGCGAAGAUCUCAAACAGUGAGGAAGUUCCAAAAAUAUUUCUGUGCAGCCGAUGUGAGCACCACAUUAUGCUCUUUCCUACUUUACUGUAA